CCCUGGCUACCCAGUCAAUGGCGACCAGACUUGAGCAACUCGCCCGUCCUAAACCCAACCUACUCAAAUUCCCAGACAGGCACUCUGUAUACUGGUUGGAUGAGCUUCCAGCAAAUUCAAAGCGCUCCACCCCCGCAUUCGAGCUCACAGCACGUUGGUCCCAGCUGUCGGAGAGGAGAAAGAUUAGUCUUGACUACGAGUACAACAGAGAGUCUCCUGAGUGGAAGGUGAGCACAGCAGCAUUAAAGGCUCAUCCCUCUGAAAGAGUGUGUUUACUCGCUUUACCUCGCCACCCUGCAGUUGGCUGGCAGCCUGAUCGGCCCAUACUGCCCAGUUUUGGUAUGGGAGUGAAAAGUGAGGCUAAAGCAAGUCCCCGGAUCUGUCAACUGGCUAAUCCAAAGAAGACAAGAAUAUCACUGACGCCAUCAGAAAGCAGCACUAAUAACUAUUCGACACUCCCUCCACAAGUGAAGACCUCCUCUCGUAUACACCUUCUGGCUCUUCCUAAAAAGGAACACCCUCAUUAUUGUCCAGACCGACCCGUGUCAGCGCACGUGCCCAAAUCCGUCCUGAAGGCUAUAGCCAGUAAGAGACUGCAGGAGCUGGCCACACCGAAGCCUCGCAAGCCUCUUUUUGAGGGAUUCGACCCCUACCAAGUGAGCUCGGCUGCUCGUGCUGCCACUGCAUCCUCUAGAAUACAGGAACUGUCUCUGCCCCCGGCACGCAGGUGCAGGACAAAAUCAGCCCAAGACGAAUACAAGAAUAAACAAAUGUGAC